AUGGCUUCAGACGAUCUUGUGUGGUCCAUCAUUGGGAGCGACUUCUGCAGCUUCAAACUCAAGACGACCAAGGACCAGACCUUCUGUCGCAACGAACACAAUGUGUCUGGCUUCUGCAGCAAACAGUCCUGCCCUCUCGCCAACUCUCGCUACGCCACCAUCCGCUCAGACCCCGCGACCGGCAGCCUCUACCUCUACAUCAAGGCAAUCGAGCGCGCGCAUCUUCCCUCGAAAUGGUGGGAGCGCAUAAAAUUGCCUAGCAACUACACCAAGGCUCUCGAACUAGUCGACCAGCACCUAGCAUACUACCCGAAGUUUCUCGUCCACAAGAACAAGCAGCGAUUGACCAGGUUGACCCAGGUCAACAUUCGCAUCCGUAAACUGGCCAAGGAAGAGGAGCGCUUGGGCGAGAGGCUCGUGCCUCGAUUGGCCCCCAAGGUGCGCAGGCGAGAAGACACCCGAGAAAGGAAGGCGCUCGCCGCGGCCAAGGUCGAGCGAGCUAUUGAGAGGGUGUUGAUCGAUCGCCUCCGUUCUGGCGCUUACGGAGAUCGCCCCCUCAAUGUCGAGCCAAACGUAUGGAAGAAAGUCAUGCGAGGCUUGGAGAAGGAGGGUCAGGUUGAGCGCGAUGAAGAUCUUGACGAUGGCGUUGAGGAUGAUGACGAGUUCGAAUAUGAGAACGAGCUCGAGCAUGGUGUGGGUGAAGUCGAGUAUGUCAGCGACAUUGAGGGCGAGACAGAUGACGAGAUGGAGGAUUUCGAGGAUUGGGUUGGCGGUCAAAGCCCCGAUGAGGGUUCUGGCGAUGAUGAUGAGGAUGAGAGUGCCAGUGGCAGCGAGGAGGACGAAGAAGAGUCUGAUGACGAAGAGACCGCGGCUUUGAAGAAAAAACUCGCAAGCCUCAAGAGGAAGCGACCUGCCGGACCUCCGCCCAAGUCCAAGAAGAAGCCAUCGAAAGACUCAAAGGGACCCAGGCGCAACAUCGAAUACGAAAUCGAGAGGGAGCCUGCCGUCAGAGAGGUCAUGCGUACAUGA